AUAACGCGUGCAACUUAUCUAGGACACAGUGAUCCCACUUGGGUUCAAUUAAGUAUGUACAGUUAACAUAACAUAUACAAGCUAAUGAGCAAUGAAGGAAACCAAAACCUCACGAAGCAUAUACAAGUUAAUAAGCAACAAAGUGAACGCAACAUGUACCAAAUAAUAAGCAAUAAGGGAGAACAAAUAUAUACCCAAAAUGCAUCACAAAUAAAAGAAUCUCAGGCAUGUACGUAAUGAAGAGUGUGAGUGUACGUGUGUGAGUGUGAGUGUUUGUGUGAGUGUUCGUCACGUCUUCUUCUAACUCACGACGAGCUUACGAAUCUGGGCAGCAGGAAGGAAGAUAUCCAACUGCGAGAAGCGAGUGAGACUGACGAGGUGUGGAGGUGGAAGUUAGUCGACAGCUCAGUUAGCUCGAUCGAGACUCACUGAGUCGAGACGUGUUUCUAAAGCUUCGUCUUUAUGAUACAGCUACGGUAUGGUCGAGACGGUAUUCGAAGCCGAUGGUUAGUUGGAGAGAUUAGUGGUUGGCGAGGCGGGUACGAGGGCCCUAAUAAUGCAAAUAAACAUCUGUAACGGUUACAUAAUUAAUAAUAAUAUGUAUUGUAUUUAUAAUGCCUUGCCUGAUUAGCAAUAUAAAUGUAUGUAUACAUAUAUGCAUAAGUGUAGAUAGUGGGUGUUGGCGGAUAAGGGUGGGGCGGAUAUGAUCACGCUACCCUACGUCACACACACACACACCAUGGAACUUUCCAUACUACUUUUAUUGCCAUCGAUAAGUAAUCGGUAGCACCUACAUCAUAGUAUCUAAGUAUUCUCCAUAAUUAAUCUCUCCCUAAUGUAUUUUGGCAUGUAUUAUUCUUAGCUAUAAGUAGCUUUUCCCUUGCCUUAUUUAUGUAAUUAGAGAGUUAUGAUUAUAAAUAUAUUCAUGUACUGUGAGUGCGGUCAACCCGCCCCUAUUUCUAGUGUCAGCACUUUUUGAAGGCGCUAAGCGUCCCUUGUGCCGGCUCCGGCAGUCUCUUGCAGUCUCUUGCCAGGGUGUAAAGUGUGCACAGAGAAAGCAGGUUUGCCAGCGCGGGCAACCGGCGCCGACCCGCGCCAAGAAUUAAACCAUAUAAACAAGUGUAGGCGUGCACAGAGGAAGCAGGUUCGAGCGUGUCGGCGCCGGCAGCCUGCUUCAACCCACUUUCCUGUUUGCUCCGAUCAUUCUUGCCUGCUCAACCCGCGCGGGUGGACGCUACUGAGUGGAGAGAAGGAUGGAUGUUGAGCUCCUGAUAGCCAAGGUGUAUGAGAGACAGCCAGUAUGGAAUAAAUGGAAUAAGCACCACGCUAACAGAAAUGUUGUGGAUAGGCUGUGGGCUGAAAUCAGCCAGGAGUUGAACUGUGAAGAGACACUGGUAAAGAAAAAAUGGAAAUAUCUUAGAGACCAAUUUGCUGUUGAGCUCGGGAAAAUUCCACCAGCUCGAUCAGGUGAUGCCGCAGGUGACACUCCCACAUCAAAGUGGCAGUAUUUCAAAUUACUGCAUUUCCUGAAAGACGUCGUGAAAGCAAGAGCUUCAACUGGAAAUUUAUCAGGUGUGCUAACCAAUGAUACUGUUGAAACCUCAUUACCAGAAUCACCUCAAAUAGAAUACCAAAUGGGUACCAUGGAGCCCCCCUUGGCUACAGAGGAAGGCGUAUCCCACACUAAAGACGCUCUUGAACGCGAAGAUGAAGUUAUGGAAAAGCAAUGGCUCAUUUCACCCGCCACCCGUCCGAAGAAAAAGGGAGCUAACAAACGCUCUAAAACAGAUGACUUCAACCAGAGCAUCCUGGAUAUUGAACAACAAAAAAAUCAGUACUUGAAAGAAAAAAUAAAUCGCAAGCAAGACAAAGAAGAUGACGAGGAUCUGAUGUUCUUCAAAAGUUUGUUACCUCAUGUCAAAAGAAUUCCUGCUGUGCAGAAGCUGACAUUUAGAAGCCGCCUACAAGAACUUGUACAACAAUUUGCAUAUCCAGUGCCUGCCAUAUCUCCCCUUCCAUAUACCCAUGAUUCUUCUUCCUCAGCUUCUGCUUAUACCCCACAGGUGUCUCCUCACUCAUAUGCCCACUCUCCUAUAGAGUCUCAAGUUCAUACCACAGAUAUGACUUUACAACCUAUGUAGUACACUAACAUUCUUAGUAUCACAUAUAUGUCUGUACUAGGAGAAAUGCUUAUUUUAUGUAAUUGUUUUGUUAUUAGGAUUUAUGAUAUAUGUAUCUUUACUUUGUUCAGUGUUGUGUUUAUCAGUACCAUACGAUAUAAACUGUAAAAUUCAAAUAAAAAUUAUUUGUUCCCUAUACCAUCUAUGAUUAUCAUCUUAUUAAU